AUGCUCCCGAUGCCGACGCUCCCGCGCGCCCUGAUGCUCGUCCUGCUCUCGCCCAUGGCCGGGGCCGUGAACGGCACCGUCGAGCACAGGCACCACCGCACGUGGUCCCUGGCGGGGAAGUGGAAGCCGCACAGGGAGCACACCUCCGUGUCGACCAUGCUGAAGAAGCGGGAGGGGUGCCCCCUGUGGUGCAAGAUGAGCCGGGGAGGCUGGGAGCGCAAGUGCAAGUACGAGAAAUGCGGGGGCUCUUGCUGGGAUUGCAAGUGGAGUGACACCUUCAAGGCCUACAACUUCGAGCUGACCUGGUACCGCGAGCAUGCGCGCCUCCAGGGGGAGUCGCUGAUCGUGCCCGAGGAUGUCAAGCCUGGAGGCGUCACCACGGCCGUCGGCUUCUGACGUAGCCCGCUGCCGCAGGCCCGGCGCAGUCCGCUGCACGAUGACCGUGCCGCGCAUGCGUGCUCACGAGGCUGAGUGGGAUUCCGAUGAUGCUAACAACGCUGGGGACGAUUUGUUCGUUACCAAGAUCAGCGUUUUUUUGUUCCGCUGCGGGGCCCGUGUUCUUUCUAUUCUGGGAUUCUCGUUCGCGUGGCGGUUUGGUUCGGUUCUGUGUUGCACUGCCCUUUGUUCCUGUUUGGGGCUGCCGCUUCUGUUCUCUUUCAUUAAGCCGG